GUCGGUGCUCGAUGCGCAACCUGAUAUUGCCCUUUGGCUGCCCAGAGACCUGUUCCCUGGUUUCCGCUGCUUUAACUCCUUGAAGCUGCGCCCAGAUAACUUCUUUCAACGUCGAGUCCGAGUUUGUCCCGACUGUCAUCGUGUUUGGGGGGCUUGGUAAGACUCAAGCCUGCUGCCAUUUACAGACCGCACACGCCCGACUCAAAGGUCGACCAGAGCGGCGACUCGGGGAACUCCCGGUUCUGGAGUGGAGAGGAGAGCGGCAGGUUUUCCCACAGGAAGCCACCUUUGGGAGUGACGGCGAAACUUUGGGGAUUGGGAGACUUCGCCGUUCCGGCAAUACUCCAGUUACACACACACCGAAAGCCCACGAUGCUCUCAUCAACACUUCUCGCUGUCGCCUGCGCGGCGCUGGCGUCCGCACACACCAUCAUCACAUACCCCGGUUGGAGAGGUGACAACCUGAUAACGAACGCAACCUUCCCCUACGGCAUGCAAUGGAUGUAUCCAUGCGGUGGCAUCGGCACAACAACGAACAGGACGUACUGGUCAACAAAGGGCGGCGCCGUCGCUUUCCAGCCAGGCUGGUUCCAGGGCCACGCGACGGCCUUCAUCUACGUCAAUCUCGGGUUUGGCACUGAGCCUCCAAACAUGAGCAACCCGAUGGUGCCCCCCUUCCAGAUCCUCGGCCCCAGCAAGCAGCCCUACCCGGGCACUGUCUGCCUGCCGCAGGUCCCGCUGCCCGUCAACGCGUCCGUCAAUGUGGGCGACAACGCCACCAUCCAACUCGUCGAGCUGGCCGUCCACGGCGCGGCGCUGUACUCGUGCGUCGACAUCACGUUUGUCGAGCCCGGCGACCCGCGCAUCCCCGAGGUCAACGAGACGAACUGCUUCAACAGCACCGACAUCGGCUUCGCCGACCUCUACACCAUCACCACCAAACCGAUCGGCCAGGGCAACGGCACCAUCAGCGCUGCCGUGCGCGCCCUCGCGCUGGACGGCUGGGCGCUGACCUGGCUGGGGUACCUGCCGCUGCUUCUGGGCGGGCUGCUGGCAUUGUUAUGAUGAACGGUGCCGUUGCAGCGGAGAGCGGGGAGGUUAUGUAGGGUGUUCGAUGGGCGGCCGUGUUUGGUCGUGACUGUCUGUACAUUUGGCAUCUCUGGGCUGGCGUUCAUGGGUUAGUGUCGGGUUUGACCGGUUGGGUAUAUCCGGGCGAGAGCUCUUCUCCUUGAUUUCCUUGUUCUUUUACGUUGUGGGCUCAGGAGGCCACUUUGAGGACCUGGCGCUGAUCCUUCCCAGCGCGGUAUCUGUUGCCCUGUCAACGGACUAGGGGAUCGACACUUGGAUGCGAGAUGAUCACCACCAUCUGCUCGAGUUAGGCGGUGGUGAUGCUCAAGGACCUGUCUCUUACAUGUUCUGAGGUCGUGGAGCGGUGAUCUACCCGUGCAGCUGACUCGAUAUCGAAGCAUUUUCGGUACCUGCC